UCAACAGACAAAUUUAGUACAUUUUGCAAUGCACUAUGGUAAAAAUUUGAAAUUCAAGUGGCGGUCACACGUUGAUUACAAGUUUCUCUCUGAUAACAAGAAUGCUUUUUUUUUGCAUAAGACAAAUUUAAGUAGAUUGGCAAAAAAUGCUGCCAACUUCGCAACAAGCGCUGGCCGCCAGCAACAGGCCAAGACUGCAAUUCUCAUGCUCAACAUGGGAGGACCUCAGCAUACAGAUCAAGUGCACGAUUAUCUGUUGCGUAUUAUGACUGAUCGAGAUAUGAUUCAACUGCCAGUGCAGAGCCGGCUGGGCCCUUGGAUUGCCCAGCGGCGUACACCAGAAGUGCAAAAGAAAUACAAGGAAAUCGGAGGCGGUUCGCCAAUACUCAAGUGGACAGAGUUGCAGGGUCAAUUGAUGUGCGAGCAACUGGAUAAAGUGUCGCCGGCAACAGCGCCCCAUAAACACUACGUCGGAUUCCGUUAUGUUAAUCCGCUUACAGAGGACACGCUGGCCAAGAUUGAGAAUGAUAAGCCGGAACGUGUGGUGCUCUUCUCACAGUACCCACAAUACAGCUGCGCCACAUCUGGCUCUAGCUUCAACUCUAUCUUCUCCCACUACCGCGAUAAUUCGCUGCCCACCAAUAUCAAGUGGAGCAUUAUCGAUCGGUGGGGCACACAUCCGCUGCUUAUCAAGACAUUCGCUCAGCGCAUACGCGAAGAACUGGCCAAGUUUGUGGAAACCAAGCGCAAUGAUGUCGUCAUACUCUUCACCGCACACUCGCUGCCCCUCAAGGCGGUGAAUCGAGGUGACGCUUAUCCCUCUGAGAUUGGCGCCAGUGUUCACAUGGUCAUGCAAGAGCUGGGCCAGAGUAAUCCUUAUAGCUUAGCUUGGCAGUCAAAAGUGGGUCCUCUGCCGUGGCUGGCACCGGCUACCGAUGAUGCAAUUAAAGGCUACGUCAAGCAAGGACGCAAGAAUUUUAUUCUAGUACCUAUUGCCUUUGUGAAUGAGCAUAUUGAGACGCUGCACGAACUGGACAUUGAGUACUGUGAUGAACUGGCCAAGGAUGUGGGUGUGGAGGAGAUUCGCCGAGCUGCCGCACCGAAUGAUCAUCCUUUGUUUAUAGAGGCGCUAAGCAGCAUUGUGGCCGAUCAUUUAAAGUCCACUCAACCUGUGAACCCAAAGUUCUUAAUGCGGUGUCCAAUGUGCACCAAUCCACGCUGCCGCGAGAGCAAGAAAUGGUAUCAACAGCUCUGCUCGCAUUGAGAGAAAGACAUGAAAAUUACAUAUUUAUGAUGCACCUACUGUUCUGUAAUUUUAAAGUGAUGCAGCUUCAAGCUAUCGUUAAUCACAUUCAUCCAAAAUC